ACUCAUUACUCAUUCCCAUUAACUCACAGUUGACAUUGCACACUUACACCUUUGAUUUGCCCUGCUUGUUUGUUUUGUUUUGGUUGUGUUGUGUUUUGUUUUGUUCUUUCCUUCAAGGUCUGUGUCAGUUUCGGGUUUAGAUCUCCCUCGCGGUGCCAAACAUGUCUCGCACAACAGACCCUGCUGGACACUGGAAGGAUCUGGAGACCUGGCUAAGUGUUGUAACAGACAGCCUCCUACCUAAGGCCGCUGAAACACUAAAGCAUCAGACACAGGACCAGCUGGAUGACAACAUAGCAAGCCUCAUGAAACAGGACCCAAGCCAGAGCUACAGUCACAAAGAACUAGCCAAGAUCACCGGCUCCUUAAGCCACACACUCAUCGCCACCCUCAGCGACAGGCAAGCCGCCCAUCGCCAGCAGGAGCUGACACAUGCACAACGGCGCAUCGAACAGCUGGAGCUGGAGGCUCAGGAACGACAAGAAGGGCCUGAUGAAGUGGAACAAGGCGCCAAAGAGGAGAUCAACAGGCUAAAAGAGACCCUAGCAGCUACUACGCAAGAAAUGGAACGAGGCAGAGCAGACUACGCUGACCUCUCCGACAAGCUACAGUACGCAGAACAGCUACUGGAAAAAGCAAAGACUGACUUCAGAGACAAGAACAGCCGAAUUAAAGCUCUCGAAACUCACCUGAAUGAGUCAAGAAAUGAGGUCAGCCGCCUAACACAUCAGCUUGACUACAUCAAAGAAGAGUCCGACAGUAUUAAAGAGGAACUCAAGCAUGCAUAUGAAUUGCGCUGUGAGCCGUCAAGAACACGUCGGACACCGACUUCACCUUUGCCAAGCAGGACCGGCUCCCCUGUUCCUGGACUGGCACAUGAUCAGAAGGGGGCAGUGCCAAAACAGUCACCUGUUCCCUCCGAAGUAAUCCUACCUCCCCACUAA